AUAUAUAUCUAGCUCGAAAAAUGAGCGUAAACUUCAGAUUCAAGGCGGGCUAGUUGAAAUUUGAAAUUGAAAAAUAUAUUGGUGUAGUUUUGACUUAGCGAAGAUGCCAUCCAUAGACGGAAUAGUGGACUACCUCCUCCAGGGGCAGUUGGAGACGGCCAUGGGCGACAUCCACAGUAUCCUGACCGGGCAAGACGAGGUUAACAGCAUCAAGGAGUUCAGUAUUCUGGUCCAGGAAGCGGCAAGACAGGAGGAAAUCAAUAGGUCACACAUCAAGGAUGUACUCAAAGCUUACAUGACGAUGAAGGAGAGCAUGGAGUCUGCGAUAGCUAAUGAUAGAUCCACCGACGCUCUAGGAGAAGAGAUCAACCAGCUGAAGACACAGCAUCAGAAAGCUCUACAGACGUCUGAAGAUGCCAAGCAACAAUGCCAAGCAUUGAAAGAAGAAUCUGAUCAGAUGCAUGCCAAGCAGGAACAGUUGAGUCAGAAGAGAGAAGUGGUUAAAGAAGAUACAACGCAAGUUCUACCUAAAACAAGAUAUAAUGUGAGCUUAUAUAGCUGCAUCACCGGCAUCAAGUGGGAUUACGACUGCAAACCAGAUGAAAUCAAAGGAUAUGUGAGCACCUCAAAGGACGUAAGACCGUUCUCCCUAGAUCGUAAACAACAUUCCAAAUUCUUCACCACAAAUUACCUGUGGGACCUGGUUGAAGCAGCGAUGGAAGCAAAAUGAUUACUUGCUGGGGGAGAUUAGAAUGAAGUCCCCCAUUCUGCGAUACGAAAACAGAAAAACUUUAUGGUAUUUGGGAAGAACAAAGAUUUCACAAAAUUCAUGGUAAACACAAUAGACCAGCUCGAAGUUACCUCCUGGGCAAGUUUUUUCCACGUAGGAUAGGCAAAUUUUCAAGCAAGAUAUUAUGUAAGUCUGCCUGACAUAGCAGCAUUCAGAAAUUGCAUAGACCAGGGUCUCGUUCCGUAGCUUUUCACUGUUAUUGCAAAUUUGUUACUAAUCCAAGUUUUAUGAAAUGGACCCCAGGGUCCCGUAACACAAAGAAGAGCGAUUAAUCAUACCUGUACGCCUGAUUUUUUACGAGUGAUUGUACGUUGUAGUCAAUGGAAUCGAUCGUAGAAAAAUGUUCUACGGUCAUUGCGAAGCUUUGUGUUACGGUCCCCAGGUGACCAGAAAAACACAUCAAUGAACUUUUCAUUAAGUAAUUUUUUUUGCAUCUAUGUGGAAUGUACUAUUAGCAUGUUGCUAUUACAAUGUACAUGUACUUGGCCGACUGUUAAUUACCAGUUACUAAUGGACGCAUUGUUGCUUUCCAGUGGAUGUAAAUAAAAAGCACAAUUCAAAAGAGUAUGUGAAUAAUCAAGACAUCAAAGUUAGUGCUUGUCUCAUUGUAUAUCAAACCACCGUGCCAUUUGAGUACAAAUGACCAUCUGAUCAUGAGCCGAAUGGAAAAUACAAACUGGUCUAUUUUUAAGACCCCUAAAAAUGAAUUAUGAAAAAUAUAGUAAAAUCAUGAAUUUCAAAGCAAAAUCCAAUGAUCCGAAACCGUACAUCAGUAGAAAUUCUGAUUAAACUGGUUCCAUGAAAUUUGCUCUGGCGACAAUUGCUCUGAUGGAGAAUCUUCAUAAUAAGCCAAAUGUAAAAGAUAAUCUCCUAAACUAAAUAAGCCCUAAUCCUUAUUUUGUUCUGAACCAGAAACUAUUACAUUCCUAACUCUAACCUUAUGCCCUCUGAGAUAUUAAGUCCGGAGCAAAUGUCGUGUCACCGAUUAAACUUGGCAGUGUUUAGCAUGUGAAAGCGUUGUGGAGCGAUGUGGCCCAAUGGAUUAGUCUUGACUUUGAAACAGAGGGACGUGGGUUCGAAUCCCAGCCAUGGCGUAAUUUCCUUCAGCAAGAAAUUUAUCCUCAUUGUGCAGCACUCAACCCAGGUGAGGUAAAUGGGUACCCGGUAGGAUUAAUUCCUUGAAUGCAUGAGCGCUGAAAGGCAGCUAGAGCUAAAGCCGGGGUAAUAAUUAUAACAUCGCGCCUCGGAAUAGAAUAUUUCUAUAUAGAUGGCGCUGUAUAAAUGCCUAUCAUUAUUAUUAAAGCCAAGCUUUAUCUGCAGAGGUGCAGUGUAUAUAAUUUAGUAUAUAGAACCUUAUGUUUUUACAAGAUUUUCACUAUUCAUUAUUGCCUUAUCUUAAAUUUUGUAUUUGUUACAGUGAAACAUGGAAUUUCAUGUUUAUAUCAUUGAAGAACACAGAAUACGCAUUUUAGAAAACAGAAAAUUGUUGAUUUAAGAUAAAUGCUUGUUCAGAUAAAUGGCAUAACAGUUCUGCAAUUUCAUGUUCAGCCUAAUGUAACCCUCUUAGAGUGGGGAUUUUUUCUUAUACAAAUCCAUGACAUUGUAUUUUGUACCAAAUUGGAAGAAUAGCAGGGCCCGCUGGGAGAACAGUUUUCGGAACUGCAGCUAUCCUGGCUAAUAUUAUUACAAUUACUAUUAUUGUUCCAUGUCUUAAUGCUACCAGGUAACAUGGAAUAUAAUUAGAAAAAAAAAUGUACUGGAAAAACUGAUACUCUUAGGAAGAACUCAUGAAUUUAUUCAGUAACAGUUGCUUUUAUAUUAAUAGCCUUACCCCUAUGUACAGUUUGUAUAGUGUAUAUGAAAUUUAUUAUGAUAAAGACAUGUAUAUUGAAUAAAAUGUAUUUAGUUUGAUUAUU